AUGACAAAAUCAUUUUUGUCGUCAUCAAUUGAUCGAAAAGUUGUCGAAUUAUUUUCAUGUCGGCAAGAUAAAGCGGCACAAUCACAAACUAGUGUAAGGACACGUCAGAAAGUCGAUGGAACAAUAAUUAAAUCGUGGAUACUAUGUAAAUACCGAAUUAAACAUCGACGUACUGCUUUACAUAUUGAAGAUUUGUCUCAAUAUGCAAAUGAAGGUGAAAUAUUAAUUAUGCCGUAUUCUGUAUUUAAAGUGAAAAAAAUAGAUCAAGUUCAACUUUCGUUUACUCAGAAUGUUCAAUAUGUGACUGAAAUCGAGUUAGAAGAAUGUGAUCAGUAUUUAUAA